UGGGAAUUAUUAAUUUUAUGAAGUCGAUUGAGAGUGGUUGUUAACUUAUUUAAAAACUUCGUUUUAUUAGCCAUAUAGUAUUCCAGGUCGAUAUAUCAAUAAUCUAUUAACAAACAAAAGUUACUAUCACUAACUUUUGACUGUUUUACAGAGGGUGUCUACGCAGAUCUUCCUAUCUACCAGUUGUUUUAAAUUGUUUACGUUUUAACUUGAAGGUAUUUAAACGACAAAGAAGAAGAAUAUGCAUUACUCAGAGGAAGUGAGCAAGUAACAUAACUCCAAUGCUAUAGGCCCAUGCCCACACUGGAAACACUGGUGUCUACCUGAAAGCCUGACGUACUUCACUUUUCCAAGUAACAUUUUCAACAAAUGGCUUCAGCUGACAACAAUAUAUACUUCAUCAUAACUGCAGAUCCACCUUCACCAAAUGUGUAUAUAAAGGCUGGUGAAAUAUGCUUCAUAUAUAAAGAACGAUUUAAUGCAAGGCAAAAAAGAAACGACACAGACGUUUUGCCUGUAGUUCGUGUGGGAAAAUCAACGGAUAUAUGGCUUGAUAAAGUUCUUCUGCAGCCAUUGUCACGCAGAGAAGCAGAUUUACUGAUGGCUCUUGAGUCCAAUGAAGACCGACUCUUGACCCUGAAAGAUCCUGAGGCUUUAGAGAAGGCUUCAAAUCUGUCUGAAGGCGGUCAGGUUCAUGUGGAAUAUAAAGGGCAGUGGCUCAAAGGUGUGAUUCGAUACAUUGGCAGUCUCACAUCUUAUAGUUCGGAUCCUAUAACAGGAGUCUUCUUCGGGGUGGAACUGCAGGGGGAAGAUAAAGGAAAAGGCCAAAAUGAUGGUUCCUACUACCACAAAACAUACUUCACAUGUCCUAAAAACUCAGGCAUUUUUGCCCCUUUUACAAGAAUCAAACCAGUGGAUCAUAAACCUUCAGCACCCACACUACCAACUCAGUCUUCCCUGUCCAUGACGUCUACUGAGCCUCUCAAAGCUGGAGACAGAGUAACCUUUUUUGGUGACAAAAAUGCUCACCAUGGCAUGGUUAUGGAUAUAAAGGACCACCCAGAUGGCAAAAUGGUUCUCAUAUCUACUGAUAAGGAUGAAGAGGGGAAGCAAGGAGGAGAGAGAAUGCUCCCACUGGAUUGUGUAAUUAAAGAGGAGCUGUUAAAUAAAGAUGGAACUGAAAAAAUGGACACUUCUCAGGGCCCAGGGAUGGGGGGUAUUACUGAUUCUGACGAAAUCACUGUUGGCUCCCUAGUGCAGUUUCAGGGAAAAACACUACUUUAUGGUAUUGUCCGCUGGAUUGGAUGUUUACCCAAUUUCCCUGGGAUGACUGCUGGACUGGAACUGGAGGACAGCAGUGCCGGCGUGACUGAUGGAACAUAUAAAGGAAAACGGUACUUUAACUGUCCUCCUCACUGUGGUUUAUUUGUGAAACUCUCUUCUUGUCGGCCUGAUGAUCGCUUUUCUGGUGUAAAGAAGAAGCUGUUCAAUGGACACUCUGAUAAUGAUGAGGCAAUGGUAUCUGAGGAACAGGACAAUGUGCCACCUAUUAGAACAGAAGAUGUGUCAAACCGACUGAUUGGUAAGAUGAAAGGCAUUCAGGGUCACUGCAACUCCUGUUAUAUGGACUCUGCCCUGUUCAGUGUGUUUUCCUGUUCUUCAGUUCUGGAUUCUCUGCUUUUUAAGACUACAGAAUAUGAAACCAUUCAAAGUAUUCUGCUAAAGAGCAUUGUUAACCCUCUCCGCAAACAAGGUUUUGUAUCAGAGCACAGUGUGAUGAAUCUUCGGAAACAAUUACAGAAACGGGAACACUGCCCCACUUACACCACAGAUGAGAAGGAUCCUGAGGAGUUCCUCUCUCUCAUCAUGCAGGAGAUUCUCUUUCUGGAUCCGCCACUCAUACUCUGCAGCCAAUCAGGAAGCAUACAAAAAGUGCAAAGCUGUUACUACUACCAAAUCUUUAUGGAUUAUAACCACCAUUUAGUCCUGCCGACAGUUCAGCAGCUACUGGAACAUUCAUUUUACAGCAACAGUCUCAAACUAGCCGAGGUGCCUGCCUGCCUGAUUCUUACUAUGCCUCGCUCAGGGAAGAGUUUCAAAAUGUUUCCAAAAAUCAUUCCUUCUACAGAACUGGACAUCACAGGGCUUCUCGCGAAUGGUCCUCAGCAGUGUGUGUUGUGCGGUCAGCUAGCAAAUCAGGAGUGUGCCGAGUGCUUCAGAGACACAGUGUUUAGUGAUAGAGGAUUCAAAUAUUUCUGUUUGAAAUGUUCCGCUCAGGUGCACUCUCACCAGCAGCGUCGAUGCCACAAACCCAGCACCCUGCGUCUUCCUCAGGGCUUCUCUUGCUCACAGAUUUCAGGGUCUGAUCGCCGCACUCCUCCACGGGAGAAACUCGAGCUGUUUGCUGUACUGUGUAUAGAGACCAGCCACUAUGUCUCUUUUGUCAAAUAUGGACCUCAGGAUACUGACUGGAUCUUCUUUGAUAGUAUGGCUGACCGCGUUGGUGAAAGUGAUGGCUAUAAUAUCCCAGAAGUACGUGCAUGUCCUGAGGUUGGCCAGUACCUACAUAUGCCUCUGGCUCAGCUGGCUAAUCAAGUGCCUCGAGAGAUGGAAGGUGUGGCGAAGCGACUCUUCUGCGAUGGUUACAUGUACCUUUAUCAGAGCAAGACCAUGUGUCUAUAUCGAUGAUUAAAUCAAUACGUACAUGUCAAUAAAUGAGAAUGUGCAAUCUGAUUAUCUAUGAAUAGGUCUGUUUAGUAAUGGAUUCUAAUAAUGAUAUGUUCUUUUUAUGGGAAAUUGUGAAACUAUAUGCUUCUGCUCCAUAUUUGAGCAUUUAUCAGUCAGAUAUUUACACUUUCUGUUGGAAUUAUUUACUUUCUCUAUGGAAUUCCCAUAUUGCAUUGCAUGGGUGGGCGGUACACACUUUUUGAAACAUGCUGGAUGAAGAUGACGCAGCUGAUAUCCUUUAAGUGAUUUAGACUUGAAUAAAAGUACACAAAUUGUCAAAGUAUGUGUAUAAGAAAUAAUAUAUAUCAUCAUUUUCUAAUAUUACCAAAAUGGGAAGAGUUUUUAUAUUUUCUUUUCAAAUGCGUAUUGCUGACCUACUGUAGCUUGAUGCCUAAUUCAUGUUAAUAGAUAAGGGAGUCAAGACAUGCUUGCUUACAUUUAAUACUGACAAGAUAAAGAUUUUGUUUCUAUAACAUAUGAAGUUGAUGACUUGCAGAAUUCCAAUUGUAAUUUUCGAUUGUAUUGGUUCUUGAGGUUCUGUAUGAAGCUUUCUGACUACUGAAUAACAUUGUGAGCAACACUGUAUGUAAUUACUGUGUCACAAAUUAUCUGAUCCUUGAAUUUGUUUGUUUUAGUGUAUUUGAUUUCAUUCUAGUGAAAAACCCCAAAAAUAAAUAUGUCUUG